CCCGCGGCGUGGGGCUCGGCCGUUCGCGUCGAGGCGUUCGGUGGCCGUGGGCGAGGCGAUGGGGUGCAGGGAUGUUCCGAGGCGCGAGGCUUCGCGUGAGGUCCUCGGUGCGGGAGCUGCGCGGGGUGCGUGCGGAGAGGCUGCGGCCACGGCGGAGACGUGCCGCGGAGUCCGCGGGGGCCCACAAGGCCUUAGGGCCACCUGGGACUGUCGGCUUGACGGAGGCAGCGAGGGACUCCAGGGUUGUGUGGGUGAACGGGGCUGUUGGUGAACCGGCGGUAGUGGGGCCUGCUGGGUCUGUGUGGGUGACUAGAUCCGAGGAGGAGGAGGAGGAGGAGGCAAGUGGGAUCUGUAGCCGCCGCGGCUGUGAGAGGAAAGGGCGUCCCAGCCCUAUGGGGCACGAGAGCAUUCUGGAACUGUGGUUGAAGGUGCGGGCUAUGAGGAUGGCCUCAGGAUGCUGGGAAGGAAGCCGAGUGGAGCUCCAUCCUGUGCCUGCAGGAGAGGGGGCAGUGGAAAGGGGUCUCCCUGGCCGUGCUUCUUGGUUCCAGACAAGCCAAGAUGGUGUCACGGGACCCUGGGUGAGAGGACAGGCCAGGGCAGGAUCCCAGGCCUCAGGACUGACCACGUCUGUGGGGCUUGGGGCAGCUUGUGAGCUAGCCUCAGGUCCCUGUGGGCAGGCCCAGGUGGGGCUAGUGUCUUCUCCUGUGGUGGUGUCUGGACUCUUGGAGGAGGUAGGCUGUGUAGGCAUCCCAGGUCCUCAGGAACUAGGACAGACUCCGGAGGACCUUGGGGGCAUGGACUUACCUGAGGCUGUAGGUGUACUCAGAGCUGGAGAGGUGGAGAUGUGUUGUGGGGAUACCCCUGGUCUGGAGGACAGUGGUCAGUUGGUGCAGAUUCCUGGGGCUGUGACACAACUGGCAGGCUGUGGGGAUACCUCAAGCUUAUGGGAAAAGGCUGUGGAGGUCCCUGAUGCCUGGGUGGUACCUAGAGUUGUUUCAGAAGAAACCAUCUCUAUGGGUCCCUCAGGCAUGUGGCAGAGGAGGCAGGUAGAGGAGGAUAUAGGCUCUGAGAGUAACCCUGGCCUGUGGGGUACAGAGCAGCCUAUAGGGAUGCCUUGUGCUACUGAGGAGGACACUAGAUGUGGGUGUGACCCAGGAUUCAGGGAAAGGGCAGAGAGGAGCCUGUGGGUAGAGAGAAGCUCUGAAGGCAGCCCAGGAUCAUGGGGUGUUUUACACCCUGCAGCACUAUGUGAUCCUGGGGAGUGGAAAGCAGGUUUACCGAGUGCCCAGGGCCUGUGGGGUCCAGAACACACUGUGGAAGUACCCAAGACUUUAGGAAGAGAGAUAGAUUGUGUGAGUGUCUCAGGGCUGAGAGGAACAGGCCAACUGCCAGAGUUGUCCAGGACUGUGGUGCUGGGAGACAGGGAGAAAGGGACCAUCUAUGGUGUCCUCCCAGGCCUGCAAGAGAAGCAGCAGGCUGAGACAGAGCUGACUAAGGAGGAGACACACAGUGGAAGUGUCCUGAACCCGUGGGGAAGAAGGCAGAUUGAGGAGCAAGAGGCUCUAGGGCCUGCAACUUUUCAGGUUCCUGGGCUUGUGAUGGUGGGAGAUUGUAUCUCUGAGGAUAACAUGGGGUUGGGGAGGAGAACCACUGAGGUGCCUCCUGUUGCUAGGCUUCCUGGACUUAAUGAGGGAGAAGAAGGCACUGAAGGUGCUCCAGGCCUGUGGAGAAGCAGGAGCAAUAGAAUAGUCCCUGGGGCUGUGCAGAGACCUUUGCCUCUGGAGAUGCUUACAGCUGUAUCCACAGAGGAGCAUGUGCCUGCUGCAUUGUGGGUGACCACAUCCUCUGGAGAGGAAGAUGAGUGUGCCUCAGGCCUGUCAGUGUGGAGGAGACAGUGCACAGAAGGAGCCAGGACUUCAGGAGGGGAGAGUAGAAGGGCUGUAGGACUGGCAGGGAGUGGCCAAGCUACAGAGGCAUCUUAUAUCUGGGGAGGCGAUGCUAGGUUAUGGGGCUGUCCAAGAACUAUGGGGGGAAUUUGUGAGAGUAUUCCUGGAGUGGCUGGAACUAGAACUGCUGUGUCCCUAAUUUCACAGGAGGACAUGGGCCUCAGUCAUUUCAGUAAUCACUUGCCACAAAGUGAGAGGCGACAGGGAGGAGGAAGAUCAGGAGUUUCAGUAAUCACCUGCCACAAAGUGAGAGGAGAGAGGGAGGAGGAGGAUCAGGAGUCAAAGUGAGGGGGAAAUGUGAGGGA